GACUACUACGGCCUAGUGCUAAUUACAAGGAAUUUCACGGUUGCUUCCAGCUCUAUGUUUAAAUGAAAUAAGUAAACUGCGUUAAAAAAUCCAUUUAUGUGUAAACUGUUCUGUAUUCUUCUUGUACUACUAUUUACGGUAGUAAUGAAAGAAGACUUUCUGAAUCAUUAUAGUAGUUCGCAAAAUUGUAGAUAAUGAUUAGUUUAGAAUAUUCCUGGACAUUCUUGCGAUGGAAGACCGUUGCUUAUCGUCGCAUGACAUCAUAAUAUAUUUAUAGAAGAUUAAGAGAAAGAGAAAUUCAAGAGGAAUAAUAAAUUGCUUAAAUUCUUGUGUACAGCUUUUAAUCCAACUGUCAUAUGUCUUCUAGACACAGAAGGAAGAGUGAAUGAACAAAAGUAAAUGGAAAUAUAAAGGCACAUUCUCUCAUCCCUUGCUUUGGUGGUGAAGUGUACGAAGUGUACAACUUGCUAAAGUCAUACAUUUCACAUGAAGUUUUAAAAGUUUGUUAGACGAUGAUGUUUAAAGCUGAAUCCGCAGUGUAAAUUAAAUCGUGAAUAAAUAAAUAAAACUUUCUAUUUUCGAACAACUUGCUACGAAAUAGCAACAUCAAAAACAUGGAUUUCCAAAACAUAAAUCCUCUAAAUGUCCAGCUGAACAUGAUAUCAGGUAACUUGUUACCAAUGACCGCCGACAAUUCCUCUUUUCCGAUAUUUUGGAAAAUAUACAGCAUUCUAGUAUGGUUACUCGAAGUAGUCCAAAUAUGCGUAUUAGUGCCAGGGUGUAUUUUUGUGCCGAGAGAGAAGGCUCUGAACGACGGUCUAAUCACUUUUGUCGUUACCAUGGAAGUGGUUUCUAUAAUCGUACGAAUUCACACGAGCAGAGGACUAAUGCAACAAAUAAUUCAGAAAUUAAAUGUUAUUCUGUGCACGGAGGACGAAAUGAUGACGAAUAUAGUGACAACGGCCAUAAAAUCUAUGGAGAUUCCUCUUAAGUUUUACUGGUUGGCCGGCAUGAUAUCCAUAAUAUUGUGGAGUGGUACACCAUUAAUAUUGGUCUUUCAAAAAAAUUCCUUUUACUAUGUAGAUUACAGACAGCCAGUUGUCUACAGCAAAGAACCAUUCACGACCAGUAUCUUUGUGAUGGGAAGUGUCAUCGUGAUGAUGAGCUGCGUGUACAUUUUCAUAAAGAAAGUCAGUGCGGAUAGCUACGUAAUACAUAUCAUGUUGCUGACAAUGGCACAAUAUAAAUAUAUCGCAUUAAAACUAUCGAUGUUAUUUCAAGAUAAAUCGCUUCCGAAUAAUCACAGCAAAUCUAAUACAAAAACAUGUGAGUCUAAUAGAGAUUAUUGUAUUGAAAAAAAGAUAAAAACUUUAUGUCGGCAUCAUAAUACAGUCAUUCACAUAAUGAUAAUGCUAAGAAAACUAUUAUCUUUAAAUAUCAGUUUAAUAUAUAUAAUAAGCGUUUUUCGAUUCUGCUGCAUUGCAUUAAUGAUGAUUGCAAUACCAUCAGUAAACUUGUGGGAAGCAUUUUCGCAUGUUAUGUAUGCAGCCGGUGGAGUAGUGCAGCUCUAUAUAAUAUGUUCUUGUGCGCAACAACUAUUAGAUGCGAGUGUUGAAAUAACGGAUUUUGCAUUUCACGAAGGCUGGUACCAACACGGAAUGUCCAUAACACGUACAUUUCUGUCUAUGAUAAUGGCUAAUAAUUUAGAAAUUAAUUUGUCAGCAUUUAAAAGAUACAGUUUAUCUCUGUCUUCAUUUAUGGCAAUUUUAAAUCAAUCGUAUACAAUCGCGCUUUUCCUAUUAAAAACUUAUUAAAAGAUUUUGACAAAAUUUUAUGUAUAGAUAAAAAUAAUAUUACGCGUGUAGUAUAUAUUAGCUUAUUAGUUGAAUAAAAAUUUUAACAGACGGUAAGCAACUACUUAAAAAAAUGUAGAUUUUAUUUAAUAGAAAGCUGAAUAAAACUUUUAAUUAUUUGUAACAAUAUAAA